AUGUCGCAUGUUCUUGUCUCAACUUCAACAGGAGACCCUUACAAGGAAUUAUACAAAUGUCUUUGGAAGGCCAAGGUUCCUGGAAAGACUGAUCUACAUAGAGCCUUGAGCUUUAAAGAAUGGAUGCUAGAGAAGGCCCUAGCGCUAGGCAGUGAAGUUUUUGAAAAACUGAUGAUGAUUAUCUGCGCGUUGUGGAAAAACAGGAACAAUUUUCUGUGGAAUGGUACACAACAAACUGCACAAGACAUUGUUCUUAGCAGUUUUGCGUGGCUAGCUGAAUUUCAAAAAGCCCGAGCACCGGCGGAGCCAAAACAGAAGCAGCCUAAACGUUUUUGGAAACAAGCUGCUUUUGGAGUUCUAAAAAUGAAAGUUGACGCCUCAUUUUUGUCCAGCCAAUCUAAAGGAGGUGUGGGAGGAGUGUUACGGACAGACAAUGGCAGAGUUGUGGCAGCUUUUGCUGGGCCCAUUCCUCACAUGGCCUCCCCAAAACAAGGUGAGUUGUAUGCCAUCCGUGCAGGGCUUGAUCUUAUUAAUUCUUUGCAAUUACAACAGGUGGUGAUAGAAAGUGACUGUACAGAGGCCAUUACGGAGGCCUCAUGUGAGGAUCAUACUCUUCUUGCAAAUGGAGGCCUCAUCGAUGAUAUCCAAUCUGCUAUGGCUACAAUUCCUCAAGUACAGUUGUGCUAUGCCCCUCGUUCCUGCAAUAGGAUUGCCCAUAGACUAGCUGGAAUAGGCUUUGAAGCCACCCACCAUAUAGUUUGGCUAGAUCAAACUCCAGAGUGUAUUACUGAUGUAAUCACUUACGAUUGUAACCACCUCACUUGUGGCUCCUUCUAUAAAAGUUUUACUCGUUGA